AUGUCUUCAGCUACCUUCAAGCCCCUCGCCGAGAUCCUCCGCAUCGAAGAAUCCCCCAUCGUCCCCCACUUCACCACCAGCGAUGCCUUCGAUCUCGGCCUCCUCCUCCAAACACGCCUCGCCGACGCCUCUAAACCAGCUCUAAUCAGCAUCGUCGAGCCCAGCGGACUCGCCACCCCCUUAUCCCCUACAUGA